AGUCCCUCAGUGCACACCAUCACUACAAACGCGCUUCUGUCGGACACGGACGGAGCGAGCAGAGAAGCUGCUGCUGUGUUCAGAAAAUGGCCGACAGAUUUUCUAGGUUCAACGAAGAGCGUGAUUUCCAGGGGGGGAAUCACUUUGACCAGUAUGAAGAGGGCCAGUUGGAGCUGGAACAGGCGUCCUUGGACAAGCCCAUUGAAUCGGAUAACAUCGGGCACCGGUUGCUUCAGAAACAUGGCUGGAAGUUGGGACAAGGACUUGGCAAAACCAUGCAGGGACGCACUGACCCUGUGCCCAUUAUCCUCAAAUAUGAUGUUAUGGGGAUGGGACGAAUGGAGAUGGAGCUGGACUAUGCAGAGGAUGCCACAGAGAAGAGAAGAGUGCUCGAAGUUGAGAAGGAGGAUACUGAAGAACUGCGACAAAAAUAUAAGGACCAGAUGGAAAAGGAGAAAGCCAUUGCAAAGGCUCUGGAAGACCUGAGGGCCAAUUUCUACUGUGAGCUAUGUGACAAACAGUACACCAAACACCAGGAGUUUGACAAUCACAUUAACUCGUAUGACCACGCUCACAAGCAGAGGUUGAAGGAGCUAAAGCAGCGAGAGUUUGCUCGAAAUGUGUCAUCCCGCUCCCGGAAAGAUGGAAAAAAGCAAGAGAAGAUGCUGCGACGUUUGCAUGAGUUGGCUGAGCAAAGAAAACAGCAAGACCGGACUCCUGGAAGUGGACCUAUGUUCAAAACUACCACAGUGGUUGUGGAUGGAGAAAAAGCCGAAGAGGGUGAUGGCAUGACGCCUGAGAACACCACUCUGACAGACGGUGCUUUGGAGGGAUCAUUGACAGAUAAAAGUGGGCAAGCCUCCCCAAAGCCUGGCCCAGCAAUCAGCUUCUCUCUGGGGAAAAACAGUUCCUCCUCCCCCACCCCCAGUGGCGCAUCCAAAGUCAGCGUGUCCUUCUCCUUUGCAAAGAAGGCUCCAGUAAAGCUUGAAACAGCAGCUGCAGUGUUUGCAGAUCAUGGAGAGGAGGCUAUGGAGGAAGAGGAGAACCAGGAGGGAGAAAAGGUUGGAGGACAAGAGGAGACAUCUGGUUGCAGCACAGACAGCCCCAAGGCAGGAUCAGGAGGAAGUGAAGGAGCAGAUGGAGGUACAGCAGCAGGGACAGAAGAAGUGCCGCAACCUGACGAUGGCGGCUCGCUAGCUUCUACCCUCAACAAACUAAAAAUGAUGAUGAAAAAAGAGGAAGGAUACGCUGGACAGGAACCUCAGUACUAUCACUAUGUACCUCCUGCUCAUUGCCGGGUAAAGCCUCACUUCCAGUUUUUGCUAUUCAUGAAGGCAACUGACCAGUGUCAGAGUAAAGAAGAGGAAGAGGAGGAAGAGGUGCAGCAGGAGGAGGAAAAAAGUCGAAGAGAGUUCGAACAGCUGGAGCCCAGUGUAACAGAUACAAAGACUGAAGAAGAACAAGAUAAUAACAACACUUCAACCCCUGACCCAGAGCCCCAGUCACCCAAAGAGAAGACAGAGGAUGUCGCUUCAUGCACAGUAGACACAACCUCUCUGGACCUCCUUCCCCACAAAAAAACAGAGACUACACAAGAUACUACAAAUUCCAAUUCAGGCCCUAAAAUUCCCACAGGUCCCUUUUUUCCUGUUUUAAGCAAAGAUGAGAGCACCACCCUACAGUGGCCCUCGGAGCUUCUUGAAUUUACAAAGGCUCAGCCUUCCCUGUCCUAUAGCUGUAAUCCACUCUACUUCGAUUUCAAGUUGUCCCGCAACAAAGGGGCACGUGGUGGGAAAUCGGCAAAAUCACCUAAACCUAGUGAAGAAUCUGAUGAGAAGGUACAAGAGGUAGCAGUUGCAACAAGUGAAGGAGACACAAAUAAACCAGGGACAAGCUCUGACAAAGAAAAGACACUUGUAAAAGGAGAGACUGGCCAGUCAGAAGGUGAUGAGCAAAAGCCUGCAACUGGCAGCACCAGUGCAAAGAAAAAGAAAAAAAAAAGAAAAAGCAUAAGAAGUCGCAAACACUCAAAACGCAAAGGAAAAGAAAAGGGAGCAGGAGAGGAUGGAGAGGGGGAGACUGAAGUAACACAAGAGAAACCUAAAAAGAAGAAAAAACACAAACGGAAGAAGAGUAAAAACAAGGCCCCAGACCAAGAUGAGGCAACAGGAGAUGAAAAGGAGAAAACAAAAGCAAAAUCUGAAGAUAAAACCACUUCUUCAACUCAGCCAACAACUACAGUGGGAGGAGCAACAGGAAAUACAGGAUCAGUAGAACUUGGGAAGAGGAAACGUGCAGCAAAGGAAGUGCCUUCCAAGUCUGGAGCAGAGCAGGGAGGAUCUGGAAAAGGCAGCGAUAAAUCUAACUCCUUAGAGGAGCACAGCAGCACCAAGAAACAAAAGACAGACUCCAGUGCACCUCAAAGUGCCUCUUGCUCCACCUCAGCCCAAAAGAGCCCCGGUCCUGGUCGGCCGCCAAGCAGUGAGAGUGAAGAAGAAGGUGGUUCGACUACUCAGCGGUCACGCCAUCACAGGUCGAGCCCUCGCGAACAGCGCCGUCACCACAGCGAGGAAUCGGGCCGAUCCUGCAGCCGUUCAUCGAGACGGGGAGAAAGGCGAGGAAGUAGUCGUCGUCACCAUCGUGGCCAAACAUCUCGAAGUCAUUCAUACUCAAGCAGCUCAGAGCGUUCCUCAGCAGGCAGCAGUGCUUACAGCCACCGCAGUCGUAGCUACUCAGACAGCUACAGUGACUACAGCAAUGAGGGCCGCAGACGGAGGCACUCCAAACGUUCCUCAGACUCCGAAUAUGAGAGGAGGGGUAGUCGCGGACGCAGACGAUCCAGGAGACAUCAGUACUCGUCUUCCUCAUCUGAAGACUCUCGUUCACGCUCACGAAGCUACAGUCGUAGGAAGAGGCAUCGACGGCACCAUCGAAGCAGCUCUAGAAGUUCCAGCAGUUGGAGCCGCAGUACCAGUGCCAGAUCCUGGAGACGCAGCUACAGCCGCAGCCACAGCUCCGCCAGCCGCUCCUCCAACUCCACUAAAGGCUCCCCUCAUCGACGAGGAGCCAGGAGUCGAGGGGACAGCGACACACACCGCAGAGACUUCAAUCGCUCUCGCAUCUAUCGUUCCCAGUCUCCACGUUCAUCUUCAUCACGAGGCCUUAACCGCAACACGCAUUCAUCAAGUUCACAGAUGCUGAGGCCAGGGGGGUCCAGAGAUGCAGGGAGAACAGAAGAACACCCUGUGCCACGACAGCUGCUAGAAAAGGUCCAGUCUAAAAAAGGCUCUGAUGAUCCUGCCACAGGAACAAAAUCGGGGAUUAAAAUAAAGGACCCGCCACAGGGCUACUUUGGUCCUAAACUUCCCCCAACCCUGGGAAGCAAAGCCAUGCUGCCACUGUUUGGUAAACUUCAGGCAGGGAAGAAACCACUGAUUCCCCUCACCAGACCUGAUGACGGAGAGAAAUCAGGAACCGGGAAGGGUUCUGAGGCUGAGGGAGAAGUUAUCCUGGUGGAGCCUAUCAGGGAGUUCCCUCCUCCACCUCCACCCCCAGCUCCACCAGUCCAGAAGGUUGAGGAGGCUCCUCAGAGCACAGUAGUGCAAGAGGAGACACAGCACACCACCACAGAAGCACGGGUACUUCCAGAGCCUAGGCCUUUGUUUGAACAGGAGCCUUCCAUGAUAAUGCCUCAGUACCAAGGAGAGGCAGAACAGGACCCGAAUCAGAAUCCCAUGAUGGAGUCCCUCAUGCCAGAAAUGCAGCAACAGCAGCCACCCAUGCAUGCCUACCCUGCUUACCCACCACCCAGCUUGGAAGAAGAUGGUCUGGAGGCCGAGGAGGACGGACUGGCUCCAUUAGAGAGUCAGCCAAUCACAUUCACACCAGAGGAGAUGGAGAAGUACAGCAAGCUGCAGCAGGCUGCACAGCAGCAUAUCCAGCAGCAGCUUCUGGCCAAGCAGGUCAAAACAUUUCCCUCAGCCGCUGCAGCUGCAGCGGCUGCUGCUGCUGCUGCAGCCAAUCUGGCCCCAGCUCCACCUCCACCUGCCCUGCAGCAGAUCCACAUUCAGCAGCCCACAGUGUCUGUGGCCUCUGGUACCUCCAUCACCACCGUGCAGCACGCUAUUCUGCAGCACCACGCCGCCACCGCUGCAGCCAUGGGCAUCCACCCUGCACACCCCCACCACCCACACCCCGCCCACGCGCAACUGGCCCAGGUACACCACAUUCCCCAGCAUCACCUCACCCCCAUCUCCUUGUCUCCGUUGGGGCCUUCCCUCGGUCACUCUCUGGGACACUCACUGGGACACGCUGGGCUGAUUCCUGCCCACCCGACUGCUUUCCUCUCUGGCCAACCCAUUCAUAUUAUCCCAGCUUCUGCACUUCAUCACACACCCUUAGCCCUCCACCACGUUCCACACACAGCUCUUUACCCCACACUUUUCACACCUCGGCCGUCACAAGCUGCUGCAGCAGCAGCCCUGCAGCUCCACCCACUCCUCCACCCAAUCUUCUCAGGGCAGGACCUUCAGCACCCACCUAACCAUGGCUCCUGA